AUGGAUUUCAAUCUCAAGCACUGGAGAGAUGAACCAACUGAAGAUCAAGAAACAGCAGCAAAGCUGCCAAGGCUUCUACUUAGCUCUUAUGAUCUAAACCACCACUCAUCUACAGCUGCUGCAGCUUCUUCUGCACUACCCUUGUUUGUACAGUGUGAACCCCCCAAUAGCAACCUGUCAGCACACUCCUCUGACAAUUCAACUCCACUCUCUGCUGCUUCAAAACUCCCCAGGAUGGGGAGCAGCUGCUUCAGCGUAGGGCAAUGGCAGGAGCUUGAGUUGCAAGCUUUGAUCUUCAGGCAUAUCACGGCCGGUGCUGCUGUUCCGCCUCAGCUCCUCCACCUUCUCAAUAAAAGCCUCGCCGUUGGUUCUACUCCCCAGUAUUACCUCUGCAACCCUCUCCAUCAAUGCUAUUCCCACUACCAACCUGCAGCCUUGCUGCAAUCUGGGUAUUGGGGAAGAGCGGCGAUGGAUCCUGAACCGGGGAGAUGCCGGAGGACCGACGGUAAAAAAUGGCGGUGCUCCAGAGACGUGGUGGCGGGGCAGAAAUACUGCGAGCGCCACAUGCACCGCGGCCGUAACCGUUCAAGAAAGCCUGUGGAAACCCCCACAUCAGCCGCAGCAGCCAACAAUGGCGGCGGAGAAACCUUUCUGAAAGCUCUCCACUCGACUACUCAAGGAAUGGCGACAGCCGUUGCAGGUGGCGCCCCGCCCUUUAAGCUCUCGGGACCUUCGCCUUCCAUGGAUCUUCUCAACACUAACCGGCGGGCUUCAAGCUCCAUUAUCCAAUUUGACACUGAAACGGAAGGUCAGACGGCCAGCGGCCGAACUCUCCGCCAUUUCUUCGAUGAUUGGCCGAGAUCGGAGGACGACGCCGGCGGCUGCUCGGCUUCAGCCACUAAACUGACAAUGUCGAUGCCGUCGGACUUCUCCUUAAAGCUUGGGACCGGCAGCGUGGAAGACUCUAGGGCACAAAUUGCAAGUGGCGAAAGAGACGGACCUCGAUUGAAUUGGGGCACGCCGUGGGAGGCGACUAAUCGGGCGGCUCCGAUGGGCGGACCACUAGCUGAGGCCCUUCGGUCGUCGACGUCCACCUCUUCACCAACGAGCGUGCUGCAUCGACUGCCGCUGAAGAGCUCCGCCUCGGAAACUAGCUACGUCAGCUCCUAA